AUGAAGGAUGCAUCAUCCACCACGGGGUCUGCCGCGCCGUUGAUGGUGUCGUGGAAUGCCGAAUCACAAGUGCACUUGAUCGUGGGCUCUAAUCCUCUUGCUGCGGCGAGAUGUACGAAGGCUCUCGAGGUCGGCGCACGACCAAUCAUUAUUGCGCCGGAGACUGUGGACAUGCAUUACACUCUAUCUGAGCAUAUCUCCAAAGGCUCUGCUCAAUGGGUGCGUCGCGAGUUUCAAGAUAGCGACUUGACAACCUUGGGAAGAGAAGAAAUCGACCACGUUGUGGACCUGACCUUCGUCACUUUGGGUGGAGGUAACCCGCUGAGCUCCCAUAUCUCGAAGCUCUGUCGGCGUCUAAGAAUCCCUAUCAAUGUGUCAGACGCCCCCGAACUCUGCUCAUUUACCCUACUCUCCACCUAUUCGGAUGGGCCCCUCCACGUCGGAAUCACAACCUCAGGCCGUGGCUGCAAGCUUGCAUCCCGUCUGCGCAGGGAGAUUGCUGCUUUCCUUCCCCAGAACCUCGGCACGGCCAUUGAUAGAAUGGGUGCCGUGCGGAGGCGGCUGUGGGAGGAAGACAAUGCGGCCGGAUCAGAAGGCACCUCCUAUGAGGGAGAAGACGACGAUACAACAGGUCAAAACCACACGUUCAACAAUCUGGUCACAGAAGGAGAUUCCGCGGCAUCUAAGACGAGAAGAAUGCGUUGGCUGUCCCAGAUCUGUGAAUACUGGCCUCUGCGAAAGCUGGUCUCUAUCACCGAUGCCGACAUAGACGCCAUCCUAGAAGCCUAUUCUUCUGGAAAGGAGAAUGCCCAAGAUGUCAACGACAUUGAAUCUCCUUCGAAGAAAGGAAAAAUCGUCCUCGCUGGCUCUGGACCCGGUCACCCAGACUUGCUCACUCGCGCUACGUAUCACGCAAUCCACAACGCCGACAUCAUUCUUGCAGACAAACUGGUCCCAGCCCCAGUACUGGAUCUGAUUCCCCGCCGAACAGAAGUGCACAUUGCACGCAAGUUCCCCGGCAACGCAGACCAAGCCCAAGAGGAGUUCCUGCAGAUGGGCCUGGCAGCCCUGAAAAACGGACGCCAGGUGCUCCGCUUGAAGCAGGGAGAUCCUUACCUAUAUGGCCGUGGAGCAGAGGAAUUCGAGUUUUUCAGAAACGAAGGCUAUUCCCCGGUCGUGUUGCCUGGCAUCACCAGCGCCAUGAGCGCAUCCCUAUUCGCUGAUAUCCCCGCUACCCACCGCGGCGUCUCAGAUCAGGUUCUCGUUUGCACAGGAACCGGUCGAAAGGGUGCUGCUCCAAACCCCCCUACCUACGUACCCACCCAAACAGUGGUAUUCCUCAUGGCUUUACACCGUCUCUCUGCUCUUAUUGAGUCUCUCACCGGCUUCCCGGAUGACACUGGGUCUCAAACUCGCACUCUCUGGCCCAAGGAAACACCAUGUGCGAUUGUCGAGCGCGCAUCAUGCCCAGACCAGCGCGUCAUUCGCUCGACGCUGGAACAUGUUUGUUUGGCAUUUGAAGAGGCAGGAUCACGACCACCAGGAUUGUUGGUUGUUGGAGCCAGCUGUCACGUUUUGCACAAUCCUCAAGGCCAAAAAUGGGUAAUUGAGGAAGGAUUCCAUGGAUUGGAUGAGCUGCGCAGCGAAGUGGACGCGGUUGCAGUCCCAGGGGAGAAGAGAAAGCGUGAAGCGUAA